AUGUCUUCAACCGAAUUGAAUGACGGCGCCAACGGAGAGAUGGCUUCCGAGUCCAAACCAAACGAAUACGUGUCGGCCCUCGUCAAGGAGAAGUACGCUCUGGAGGCUGCCACCCAUCUGAAUACCAUGAAGCUCAUCGACGAAGAAAUUGCCAGAGCACAAAACACCAACGGAAAACCAGAAUCUGCUUAUUUGGACAUUAAUAGUGAUAAACCUAUUCGGCUAACAGCCAAGAUUAUGGUUCCAGCAAAAGAAUUCCCAAGGUUCAACUUUGUUGGUAAACUAUUGGGACCUAAAGGAAAUUCAUUGAAACGUCUCCAAGAAGAUACUAUGACCAAAAUGGCAAUAUUGGGCAAAGGAUCAAUGCGUAACAAAGAAAAAGAAGAUGAAAUGAGAAGUUCAUUAAACCCAAAGUUUGCACACCUUGCUGAUGAACUUCAUGUGCAAGUUACUGCUUAUGCGCCUCCUGCUGAAGCUUAUGCUCGUCUUGCUUAUGCACUUGCAGAACUUAGGAAGUUUUUAAUACCUGACCAUAAUGAUCAAAUUGCACAAGAACAAGCACGUGAAAUGCAACAAUUUGGAGGUGCUCCACCUGUUCGUCAUCCAGGACCAAUAAUUCAUGCUCCCCCACCUCCACCAGCAGUAAUUCGCCAAAUGCCACCUCAGCCACCUCGUAUGCCAAGAGCUCCAGUUCCAGGAAAGGCUAAAGUAAUGAGCAUAUUGGACAGAGCUCGAUCAGCAAUGGAAGGAUCAAAUGCUUAUCCGGGUAAUGGUGGCUAUGGUGAUUCUGGUUCAUCUCAUUAUUCUCAUUUUGAUUCUGGGUAUGGUGGUGUAGCAACAUAUAAUGGCGGUGGUAAUGACGAUUACUACUCAGGAAAUUCAUAUUCGCAAGAUAAUUCUCAAAGCGGUGGUGGACGUGGUUGGAAAAACUACAAUACUGGCGGUAGUAGUGGACCAUCCAAACCGACUGGUAAUCAAGGUAGUCGGUAUGGAGGUCGCAACGCCCCAUAUACCAGACAAAAAUAA